AUGUUUGGUCUUGACCUGGCCAAUGUCUCCUCUUUGUGUUGCUCAGCUUCGAUCAGUGCAUGGAUGAUGCUUUUCGUUCGAGUCAUGCGUAUGGUGUAUUGUAUGCUAGCCGCGCAACGACACGCUCCCUCAACAGGAGCCCAAGCAGGAAACAUAUGCAAGAAGUCAACGCGUUCCGUUCGACUGCUGCUACUACUGCUGCUCUGUUCUAGUCUGAUGGACCCACAAAGCGCUCCCGGCCACGGAACAGUGGUCAACAACGGUCUGUACCUGUUUAGAGAGGCUUAUACACCGACUCCGCACGACUCACCCGAGUUUCCGAACGCAACGCUGCCGUCGGCAUGGAAGCGCUUCAACUACCAUACCUAUAGCAGCAUGGUGAUCACGCUAGCACGCUUAGCGUAUUCAUAUCCUGCUUUUGCUCGUCUGUACACGACACAGGCAGCAUUUGGACUACCAGCAGCUGGCGAAUCAUGUUCUAUCGACACGCACCAACCCAUGAGCCAAGAGGCGUUAACGGGACUCGACCAGAAGCAGCGCCUCGCUGUAAAGCGCCUCAUCGAAGAGCUUCGCACCCAGGAUGGUCUGUCACGCAACGCUUGCCGUGUAUGGGUACUCGAGAUCGCCGACAGGUCUUCGGUUGCCCAGGGAUCCGUCGGAAGCGUGCUGGAUCCUCCAGCGAUUCUCAUUUCUGGUGCAUUGCACGGUGAUGAGCGCAUUGGCCCGACUGCGGUUACAGAGCUUGCACGCGUGCUCCUCGAAGCAAGCCGGCUGCCUGCGGGUUCAGUGGACACUCAUCGUUGGCGCGCCUCAGCUGCCGAAGAAGCCGACGGAUCCAUUUUCGGUAGCACUGCGGGUUCGCUGUCCUCGUGGCUGCGUUUCCUGGUCGGACACCGACGUAUCACCAUUGUGCCUGCAGCCAAUGCGAUAGGGUUCGCGCUCGGCGAACGCACCGAACUGGGUGUCGAUCCAAAUCGGGACUUUCCCUGGAAUCAGCCAUACGGGGCGUCAUGUUUGGAAAGCGUUGCCGCUCGCUCCAUUCAUGAACUCGUUUUAGCAAAUACUUACCAAAUGAUGCUGACGUUUCACGGUGGAACAACGGUAAUUGGUUACGAAUGGGGCGACCUGACGCAUUGCCCUGAGCAGCAGUAUUGCCGUCGCAACUCGCCAGCCCCAGAUAUAAUUGCCAUGCAAACGAUUGCUUACGCUUUGCGAUUGCAUGCGGGGAACGGGACGCGUUAUGGGGCGCGACCCUUUGACAUCGGGACAAUGGGCGAUACCGUUUAUCCGGUGGCAGGUGGAAUGGAGGACUGGGCGUACGGCGCAUCGGCCCCGGUGCAGACGUCACUUGUCUCGAUUUGUAACGCGAGCCGAUACGGCGGCUAUGCACCCGUUAAAGUGCAGGCAGUGCGGCAGCUCCCCGUAGCGCGCAUGAUUGCCCUGCUCAUCGAAACCGCUGAUGAUAAGCAACCUUCUGUGGAGACAUUGGGCGUUCGACCGUUGGGCGCUGCCGGCAAUGCCCCCUGGCAGGCCGACGUUCGACUCAUCACCGAAACGCCAACAGUGUCCGCGGAUGGCUCGGAGUCAGAUUCUGAACUGGUUGUCGAAGGGCACGUGUGGCGGAACUUGCGCCUCGCACUCCAGGCUAUCGAUAUCCUGCAACCGUAUGCGGCAUUCACACGGUAUCCCGGCGAUGGACGAACGCAAGCAGCGGACAACGCGACGGCCGCAUCAAUAGUCUGUUGGCGGGUCGGUGGAGCAUACCACGUUGCUGAGACGCAGUUGCAAGGAUGGUACGACUCUGGGGCUGCAGCGAGGAUACGGCAGAAUCAGGACAGUGCCCCGGACUUUGUGAGCGAGGCCUUCAUAGACGCGUCUCCCGAUCCGGUACCUUUCUUUCCAGCUGUUCGACUAGGACAGGGUACCCGCUGGUCUCCUGAUAAUCAUGGAGGUCGCGAGUUUUGUGUGAACCUCCAGCAGCAGCAGCAGCAGCAGCAGCAACCGUUCACCGGAGCAAAGCGUCCGCCACGGGGCUCCAGCAUCCUGCUGCGCGUGCGCUUCCAGGCCGACGUCGACUGGGGUCGCUUACCGCCGAGUACGCUCGGAGCGCAGCCACCAAACACCAGGCCCUGGAGUUUUCUCGCCCAAAGUCGUGUGGAGUACAACUCUAACUCCACUAAAUUUGCUGACGAGCGUCCGUCCACGUCCGAAGAAGACGGUGUCGCUCGGGGCACAAACUGGUUCUCACGUGGACUCCACUGCCGAGCGUCUGAGGUGAGCACAGGGCAUCAGCCGCAAGUCUGGACCUGCGUGCACAGUGAAGUCGCUAGAGGAACCGAAUUAGGCGAGUCAGGGGCCAUGUCCGGCUGGAGCAAGCUUUUGUUGGCGAUCUCCGUCUUCCUCCUGGCGCCAGGGUCGUUUCCGCUGCUCCUGUUUCUCAGCUUUCUACUUUGGCGUCUGGUGCGAGGCCAGUCUGUGCAUCCCGCUGAGGUAUGGUUUGAGGCACGUCAACGAAUGGAGAUGUGGAUGCAGGGACUAAGGGCGUUGGGACGGGCGCGAGGCCCAAGUGGAACUCGAGUUUCUGGGUCGUUUGCGCGUUCCACUGACCUCGACGACACGAAACGCCGUAUGCUUUCGCCGACAGCCAGCAGCGCCGCCGCAGCCGAGCGAGACGCUAGCAGCAGUGCACAUGACCUGGACUUGGAGGCGAGCACGCGGCGCCCAGACAGGCCCUGA